UUCAACACAGACAGAGGAGCAGAGACUCAACCAGACCUGAACCAGGUGAGCACCGGAGACGUCUGCAAAAAGCCUUUGAAACCAAACCAAAGAUGGCAGAUGGAAGUUUUCAGAAGGAGUUCCUGGACACCCACAAUGCCUACAGGGCGAUGCACAACGCGCCACCACUCACCUAUAACAGUGAGCUGAAUGCAGCGGCCCAGAAAUGGGCCGAUCACCUGCUGAAGAAGAAUAGCCUGGGGCACAGCAACACUAAAGACGGAGAGAACGUCUACUAUAAGUCCAGCACUGCAUCUGUCAGUCCAAAAGGAAAAGAAGCUGUGGAUUCAUGGUACAGUGAGAUCAAGGAUUAUGACUUUGGUAGACCUGGAUUCCGAAGCAACACUGGACAUUUUACUCAGGUGGUGUGGAAGGACAGCAAAGAACUGGGCGUGGGCAUGGCCACUGAUGGUAAAAAGGUCUUUGUGGUUGGACAGUACCGCCCUGCUGGUAACUUCACCAAUCCAGGCUACUUUGAGAAAAAUGUCAGCCCAAAAGAUGAAAGUUUUCAGAAGGAGUUCCUGGACACCCACAAUGCCUACAGGGCGAUGCACAACGCGCCACCACUCACCUAUAACAGUGAGCUGAAUGCAGCGGCCCAGAAAUGGGCCGAUCACAUGCUGGGGGAGAACACUCUGGGGCACAGCGACACUAAUGACGGAGAGAACAUCUACUUUAUGUCCAGCUCUGCAUCUGUCAGUCCAACAGGAAAAGAAGCUGUGGAUUCAUGGUACAGUGAGAUCAAGGAUUAUGACUUUAACAAGCCUGGAUUCCAGAGCAAAACUGGACAUUUUACUCAGGUGGUGUGGAAGGACAGCAAAGAACUGGGCGUGGGCAUGGCCACUGAUGGUAAAAAGGUCAUUGUGGUUGGACAGUACCGCCCUGCUGGCAACAUCGCCAAUCCAGGCCACUAUGAGAAAAAUAUCAGCCCAAAAGAGUAAACGUUGUGCAUUUUACAGCCAAUGGCUGCAGCAGACAACAAGUCUGGUGGAGGAGAAGAAGAUGAAGAGAACCUACAACCAACCUCCUCAAUCAACAUUCAACAAUAUAUACUAAGAUGUGAAGACAUAAAACAGAACAAAUAAAACAAUGUUUAUUAAAGCA